AUGAAGAUUAAGAGAGAAGUACCGAAAAAAAUUUCUCAGCUUCCCGUGGAAUUAAAAGAAGUGAUUGAUCAAGCGUCAGAAGCGUCGGAAGAAGAGCUUCCGACGUUAUUAAAUGGAUUUCAGGAAUGGAAGUAUGCACGUGGUGAUUUGUUUCAUUGGGUUGGGUUAUUGAACCGGUUUGAUGGAAUAUUUGAAAGGAUUUGUAAAGAAUAUGCGUUAAAAAAUGUCCAGACAGUUGCUUUUAAUUCUAAGACAAAAGAACUAGUUAUUACUAUUCUUCGGUUUUCAACCAUUCUUUUAGAUAAUUGUUCUAAUAGGAAUAUAUAUAAUUCAUGCAAUUAUCUUAAUGAUCUUUUAUAUAGUACAGAUAUUGAUGUUGUAGAACAUACGCUAUCUCUUUUAUUGAGGCUUGCACAGAGAGUAAGUAGUCAACGAUAUUAUAGGUCCAAUUAUUCUAUUUCUUCGGAAAGAUGUUUGAAGCUUUCUAUGAGUUUACAGCAAUCAUCUCAGGAGCGAGGUACAUCAGAAAUUGAUAUGUUUAAAUUGUUAUCGGAUUCUUAUCUAGCGGACGGAUGCAAAAAUGUCUAUUAUGCAUUUUAUCGUCAUUUAAAUCCUGUCGAAGCAAUUGCAUUGGUUUCAAAUAGUAAGGAUAAAGAGGCGCAAGCAUCCACUCCUACGAAUAAAAGUAAAAUGAAGGAAAAUUCUUUUUCUCCUGUUGAAUCUGUAGAUGAUUUAUUGGAGGGUAUGACGGUGGUUAAGAUUAGUUUUGAAAAAUUUUACAAUAGACAACUUGAAGAUAUUCUUAAUGAUGUUAUAUCUACAUAUAAUAUUCCAGCAGUAAAUCAUUUUGAUUUAAUGUUAAGAAUUAGAUUUGCGAGAUAUGUUCAUGAUAAAAAGAAAAGACAACAGUUAGUUUGCAUAAAGAUUCUUGCUAUAGCUGUUCUAGCAUAUACUGUGCAAGAACAUAUAUUACACUCUCGUUUUUUUAUUUAUGAGCCAGAUAUCACAACUAAUCUUGCUUAUCUUAUUCACCCAGAUAAUAAAAUAUCUAAGGAAAUAGAACUAGUUGCAUUCUAUGCUCUUGAAGCGUUAGCACAUCAUAGACCAAAAUUAAUGGAUGUUCUUUCUGCAUUGAAUGCAUCAGUGAAUCAUGGUGUUUUGAUGUACGUUUUUAGAACAAUGAUAGUAGAAAUGGAAAAUCCUACUUCUACAAAAACGUUUUCGAAAGAAUAUGUUGAUGCUUUGUUUUUACUUAUUCAUUAUUUGACAACUACACAACAAGGAGGAAAUAUGUUAACAUCUGCAGGGAUUAUUCUUUCUCUUAUUCGAUUGCUAAAAAAUAAAGCUCCUAAAGCAAUUAGAGCAGUCACAAAGGCUACUAGUUUACUUGAUCAUUUAACUUACGGGUUCCCUUCUACUUUUAAUGCAUUUUGUUCUGCAAGAGGAUUGGAUGUUUUAGUGGAACGGAUCAAAGAUGAAGUUAACUAUAAUAUUAAGCAGUUUUCUCUAUCUGAUAAGGCUUCGAAAGCUGUCUUGGAACAUUCAAUGUCUCAGGAAAGAUUCAUUAUUUUGAAAACUAUGUUAAAGUUUACUUUGCAUAUGAUGCAAUCUACAGGGACUUCUGAUGGAUUGCGAAAUCUUAUUGAUUCUCCUCUUUUAGAGACCUUAAAGAAUAUUUUCACUUAUUUUGAAGAUUUUGGAUCUUCUAUUAUUACGAUGUCUAUAAAUAUUUUUUCGACUUUUAUUUAUAAUGAACCAACAUCAUAUAGUAUUAUUCAUGAAGUAAAAUUAUCAGAAAUGUUUUUGAAAAUGACUUCUUCAUUAAUAUUACCAUCAGCAGAUGUUAUAUCAGCGAUACCUAGUGCUUUUGGUGCAAUAUGUCUAAAUACCCAAGGAAUGGAGCUUUUUAAUAGUAUUAAACCGUUGCCUUUUUUUUUCAAUAUUUUUACGUCUUCUUUACAUCGUAAAGUUCUACAAGAUAGUCAGAUUUCAGAUAUUUUAGGUGCAUCUUUUGAUGAAUUUGUACGGCAUCAUCCUAGUCUUAAAUCAGAUGUAAUUGAUGAGAUUCUUUCAAUGCUUAAAAGGGUUCUUGAAAUGGGAUCAGAAUUAAUGAGUGUGAUACACAACCCAAAUAUGUUAGUUACAUCAACUUAUAAUGAAUUAAAUUCUCAAAAUGGACAAAAUGAUGUAGUUAUGAAAGAGAAGAAUGAUUAUAUAGAAGAGGACGAACGUGGUGUAAAACGACUUAUAAUUAUUUGGCAUAUUGAUUUUGUUUCAAGAUUUCUUGAAGGUUUUUUUCAAAAUUCUAGUCAUUGUCGUGAAUUUUUGAGAAAUAAUGGACUUAAUAUUCUCUUGCAACAUUAUACGAUUCCUUGUCUUCCCUAUGAUUUUAUAGAUACCUGUGCUGCAUAUUCUUUGUCGCAUUUGUUUCGUACAAUUAGUGAAGUGAAUGUACAAAAUGUUUUAUUAGAUAUUAUGAAGCAUUUUCAAAAAUCCUUAAGCAAAUUAGAUAUUCUGUUAGAACAUAAGGGUAUCGAAUGUUUCUUCGAAAGAUAUUUAAAAAUACUUCCAUCAGGAUUAGAGUUUAUUUCCGAAGGGGACGAAUUUCUAAAAAGUUUAUCUCAAAUUCAUGAUUUGAGUUCUUUACUUUCAGAUAUAUAUGAAUUGCCUAUAUUUUCUCAUGCACGUUCUGCUUUUUCAUUUUUUCAAUUAUUUUUAUCAAAUCCCGAAUUAGAUGGACUUUUAGAGAAAAUAGGUCAUCUAGUUCGUGUUUGUGUAUGGGAGAAUAUUAGGCUUUUGAACGUAAUGCCAAAUAAUUGGGAAGAAGCUACAAGACUUUCAGAUGAUUUAAAAAUUAAAACCAAUGAUAAAGAAAAGAAGGAUUUGAAAUCAGAUAAAUUAAUUGACAAGGAUUCUGAAACUUUUCUUAAUGUAAAAAUCAUGCGUUAUUUACUUGUUCAGAUUCCAACAUCUUUGAAUAAUUUUUUUCAGGGACUUACAAAAAUGUUAAUAACACAUCGAUUUUCUGAUUCUGGGCAACGAAAAACAGCUUUGAAGGUUGCUAAUAUUAUUGGAACAAUUUUAGCUCGGCAUUUAAAAUGGGAAAAACUUGAUGAUGUAGAGCACAUAAAUAAUAAAUAUAUGUAUUGGACUACGAUUCUUGGUUUUAAUCAAGUAGUAAUGUUGGAAGAAAAACAACAGCUUUCUGUGCAAACUAUUGUACUUGUAGCAUUUGAUAAGUCUGGAGGAAUACAGGUUAUGCUACAAAUUUUGAAAAUAUUUUGGCAGGAAGCAGAUAAAUUAUCUUCAAUAACUGAAGUUUCUGAUGAUAUUCGUUCUAUCACAUCUCGUGUAUAUGAUGGAAUUAAAAUCAUUCUUCACUUUUUUAAGGCGAUUACUUUACCUAAAGCGUUGUUAACUUCUCUUCAAACUGUUGGCUUGUCAUCUCGUGAAAAAGAUAAAGAGAAACCUGAUUAUUUUAAUUCUAAUGAGUUUAUUGUUCGGCUUAGGUCAUCCAUAUUUCCGUCUAUUAAAGAUCUCUGGUUUUCUGAUAUUUUAUACAAAAUGCCUUAUUUAAAUGCAAAAUCUCUAAUUCAGAUUCUUAGUCAAGCCUUUAAAACUGAUGGAGAAUUAAGUGAGAAAGCAGAGAAUAGUACAUCAUUAGUAUCAUUUAAUCAUAGAGCAUUAUCUGGUCCUAGUGAAGAUAGGAUUCGUCAGCUUUGUGAUAUGGGUUUUAUAAGAAGUGCUGCUGAAACUGCCCUUGCGCGAUGUGGUAAUCAUUUGUCUACUGCUACUGAGUAUCUUUUGGCGCAUCCUGAAUUGAACCAAGAUGCUGGAACAUCUGGAAGUCAUGGAAAUUCUUAUUUGUCUUCAAAUUAUGCUGUUUCAUCACAAAAUGAACAAAUAAAUAAUAGUCUUAGAGAUGCUAGUACGGAUAUAAAUCAGGAUCCAUCAUUUAUAUCUUUAUUAAAUCCUUCAAAUUCUACGGAGCAAAACAUAUUUUCUAAUGAGGAGAACAGUGAUCGAACUUUUUCUAAUUUGAAUGUUGUAAAAAGGUCGGAAAUGAAUCCUUUAUCUAUGAAGGGUAAAGGAAAAGAUAUUUUAAAAAUGUCUAUUAGAUCCCAUUUAAUUGAAAGGACCCUAUUAUUAUUGAAUAUACAUAAUAAUCUUGUUUUUGAAUUAUCUGGAUUAAUAUUGGAAGCAUUUGCAUAUUCUAAUGAGAAUUCCUGGAGCAUAUAUGUGGUGCAAUCUAUAGUUAAUAAUAUACGUGCAUUGGAAAGUAAAUUUAAAUUAUCUGAAUCAGAUGGUUUACAGGCUUCUUCAAUACUGCACUUUCUCGGUUUAUUAAUUCAUGAUUCUUCCUUCUAUGAAUCGUGUAAAGAUGAAAUUUUGAAUCAUCAAGAAAUUUUUAUCCGUUUUCUUACUUAUGAAAAUGAUAAGCCUUCUCCUUGGAUUGCACCUGCACUUUUAGUGUUUGAGCAGAUUAUAAUAGCAUCUAUACAGCCAAAGCAGCAACCUCCUUUUUCAGUUAAUGAAGAAAGUAUUCCAAAAGUUGUUUCAAAUUUAUUUUUUUCUAUAGAAAAGGAACUGAUUUUUGAUUCAAUAUUAGAAUUAUUUAAAUUAGAGAUUCAGAAGAUGGAUGAUAUAGUUUCACUUCUUAGAGUAUUGAUGAUUCUUACUCGUUCAAAAGAUAUGGUUAACUACUUUUUUGAGAAAAAUGGAAUGCAUUUAUUAUUUUCUAUUAUAAAAUCUAUUUCUGGAAAACAUCAUAGCGAACAUUUACAAAUCUUAAUAAUAACCAUUUUAAGGCAUCUUAUUGAGGAUUUGAAUAUUAUUUAUGCUAUAACAACUACUGAAAUAAAGUCAUAUUUUAAUCAAUCACGUUUUCGAGGGCUAGAUAUUAAUGCUUUUUUAAGAAAUAAUACACAGCUUGCUUUAAGAGAUCCCGAUAUAUUUGUAGAUGUUAUUGAAAAAGAGUGUAAGUUGCUACGUUACGAUUCACAUAAUAGAGUACAACAAAUUGCUUUGAAGGAUUCAGAAUCUUUUGAAAAUCCUGUACAAGAGAUUACAUCUACUGAUCAAAUUCCAUGCAUAUCGAAGCAAUUAUCUCAAGAUGAGGCAUUGGAAACAAAUAAGCAAGAGUAUUUUAACAGUGUUAUUUUUUUCCUUUUAUCUGAAUUACUGGAUUGUAAAGAUAGUUUAGAUCAUGAUGAAUUAAAGCUGUCUGAGUUUAAUGUAAACUCUGAUAUUGCAAACUUCGUAACAAAUAUAGAGCAAAAUAAGACUUCUAAUACCACUUCAAAGGAAAGCGAAUUUAAAGCUGAAGAUCAUCCUCAAUAUAUGUAUAAAUGUUUUUUAUUACAAUGUUUGGCGGAAUUAUUGUCAUCAUAUAAACAUUGUAAAUUGGAAUUUAUUAAUUUUUCAAGAAACUAUUCUUUUAAAGGGAUUGUUAUUCCGUCGAAAAUACGAUCUAUAAUGUUAAGUUAUUUGUUAUAUGAAAUUAUUCCAUAUGGUAGUAUUAAUCCAUCUGAAAAUAUACAAAUUAGAAAGAAAUUCAGCACCUCAAAUUGGGCUAUAUCUGUUAUAAUUUCAUUAUGUGCUUCUACUUCGGAGACUCUUGAUGAAAAGGAUAGACCUGAUAUGAUCUUUGUUCGUAAACUUGUUUUAGAAAGUAUUUCAAAAGCCUUUAGGGAUGCUUCAUGUUCUUUGGAGCCAUUGGAAAUGCGAUAUUCUCGUCUUCUUACUCUUUCGGAACUUUGUUAUAGAUUACUUGUUGCAAGAGCGAAUAUAAAAGGUACUAGCAAUCAUACUUCUGAUGAUCACAAAAAAAUUGCAAAAUUAAUGCUAGAAAAAAAUUUUAUGAGUAUAUUAACUGGAGCGUUGGCUGAUAUUGAUUUGAAUUUUCCGUCAUCAAGACGUUUAGUUAGGUUGAUACUUAGACCAUUAAGAAAAUUGUCUCAAAUUGCUGUCGAGUUAAAUGAAAAUUCGGAAAUUGAGAAGCCUGGUGAUAAUACUAGACAAGAUGAAGCAUUAACCGAUGCAUCUAUAUCUGAACGAGAACCCUUAGAGGAAAGAGAAGAAACUCCAGACUUAUAUCGUAAUUCCGCAUUAGGAAUGUUUCAUGGUGAAAUGGAAGAUAAUGAAGAUUCUAACGAGUUUGAUUCAGAUGAUGAAGAAAUUUAUGAUGAGAUGGAUUUUGAUGAAGAAGAUUCAGAAACUGGAAGCGUAUUAAGUGAUGAAGACAAUGAUGAUAUUGAUAUAGGAAGUCAACAAAAUGGAGAAAUGGAUGUUGAAAUUAUACUCGAUGAUCAAGUAGAUACUGAUGAUGAUAUUAACGAACAAACGGAAUUAGGUUCUAAUGAUGCUGUUGAAGAUCCCAACAGAGUUUCUGGAGAUGAAGGUUUUGAUGCUGAAAUUGAUGAUGAAUCUGGGUGGCAAACUGAAUCUGAACAUGAUCCUCAAAAUAACAUUGAAAGUAGAUCUAAUCAGUUACAUUCGUUGUCUAGUGGUGUUCAGGGAGACAAUGAGGCGGAUGCUGAUGUAUUAAUUGAUGAUGAUAGAGAAGAUCAGGGAGAUGAUGACGAUGAUGAUGAUGACGAUGAUGAUGAUGAUGAUGAUGAUGAUGAUGAUGAUGAUAAUGCAGAAGAAGCUUUAAUAGAAGAAGAACUUCUUCCAAAUGAUAUUGAUGAGAUAGAAGCUAAUGGUCAAUGGGGUUGGAGUUCUAUCGAUGAUAUUACAAAUGAUGAUGAUGAUGAUAAUGGGAUUAGUCGUUCAAAUAGGAGAUCAUGGCUUGCUAUAACAUCAGGAGGGUGUCAUUUUAUUAGUGAACCAAAUGAACAAGCAUUUCGUCGGAGAUCUAGGAUUAAUAAUAUGGGUGAAAGUGGCAUUAAUCCUUUAUUGGUAGAUUCCACAAACAUGUCUCAGAGACAUAUAUUGCAAAGUCGUGAUAGUUUUUCAAGAUCUGAUAGUUUUACAGAUUGGGUGCAAUCUAUAGAACAAUUAAUAGGAGGCGGUGCUGUUCAAGUAUUGGGUGAUGUAAUGAAUAGAGUUAGUCGACAAAUAAGGGGACCUUCGCAACAUGCUAUUAGAGUUGAGGUUAAUACGGGCAAUGGUAGCCUAUUGACACGUGAAGUGGAAAGGAUGUUUGGUCAACGUUCACAAUCAGUUCAACAAAAUCAAAGAUCUUCUAGAGAAGAUCCGAUUACUGCUGUUGCUACGUGGUCUCCAACAUCAACUAGUCAAAGAUGGUUUGAUGAAGCACGUUUAAUUUAUGGUAGUGGUGUUGUAGAAAAAGCAUUGCUGUUGUUAAAUUCAUUAAUGAAUGUACUUGCUCCUCAAGCAAUUAAAGAUGAAAAGAUUCGUAAAGAGAAGGAAAAAAUGUUAGAAGAAGCAAAAAAGAAACAAGAAAUAGCAGGGAAAUCGGUUGAAAAUAAUAGCGGAGAAAAUCGGUUAGAAAACGAACUACCUGAUAAUGAACCUGAAAAAGUUGGGAAUAGCACUGUAGGAUCAUCUAUUAUGGAUGGUGUUGAAAGUACUUCUGCUCAAGCUCAAGAACCUUCAGCAGAAGAGCCUUCUGGAUUGCCUUCACGUGUUACUGUUAUGCUGCGUGGCAAUGAGAUUGAUAUUACUUCAUUAGAUAUUGAUCCUACUUUUCUUGAAGCUUUACCUGAAGAUAUGAGGGAAGAUGUUCUUACCCAGCAUAUUAGGGAUAGAAGAGUUGCGGCAUUAACUAGUCACUCAUCCGAAAUUAGUCCUGAAUUUUUAAAUGCAUUGCCGGAGGAAAUUAGGGAGGAAUUGUUGCAACAGGAGGCUGCUGAUAGAAGAAGAAGAGAGCGAGAACAGCAAGCUCAUGUAUCUAGAAAUAAUUCUGAUGCACCCACUACGGGUCCAAUUGAAAUAGACCCUGUGACUUUUUUGGCUACACUGGAUCCAUAUCUUCGAAGACAAGUUCUUCUUGAUCAGGAUGAUGAAUUUUUAUCACAACUUCCUCCUUCACUUGCUGAAGAAGCAAAUACACUUCGAGAAAGGUCUUCAGGAAGAUUAGGGCAGAUAUUUCAGGUAUCAGCAUCAUCUCAUCAACAAACCAGUAAUGUAACAUCGAAAAAAUCUUCAGUAAAGCACGAAGUAUCACAGCUCCUUGAUAAAGCAGGAGUUGCUACGUUGGUUCGUUUACUUUUUAUUCCUCAGCCUAAUGGUAAAAAUCCUCUUCAUGAUAUAUUAUUAAAUGUUUGCAAAAAUCGUCAAAAUAGGAUUGAAGUGAUAAAUCUUUUGCUUUCUGUAUUGCAAGAUGGAACUAAUGAUUUAUAUGCGGUUGAUAAAAGUUUUUCUCAAAUGUCUCUCAGAGCAAAGAACACUUCUACAUUAAAGUCAACUCCUAAGUCUAAAACAUCGAAAUAUUCUCUUUCUUCUUUUCUUCAAUCAAAUAGAGAAAAUACUCCGAAUUUGGUUACACAGCAAUGUAUAGAGGCUCUUGAAUUUCUUAUUCAAUGGAAUGAAUAUUUACCCUCCUAUUUUUUAAAUGAACAUGAUCAUAUAAUUCGUCCACGACGAUCUAAUUCUCGUAAAGAUAAGGGAAAGGAUAUAAGUACUAAGGGAUCUAAAUAUGCUAUUAACAUAUUGUUAAGUCUUCUUGAUAGAGACUCGAUUCUGCAGAAUUCUAAUAUAAUGGAUCAAUUUUCUCAUUUACUUUCUAUUAUAACUCGACCAUUAAUAGUUCUUAAAAGAAGAGGGAAGCAAGAUUCUGAAUUAUAUAAGAAUGCAGGGUCUUCUCAAGCUCAAUUUGAAAUAAAUGAGGAUAUAGUUGAAGAAAAAAGUGAACAUAAUGCUGACUCUCAUGAUGAUACCGAUGCAAAAUCUGUUGAUAAUAAUAAUAAAGAUCAAGAUAUUAAAAAUAAAAAUAGGCUUGUGUUGCCACCAUAUAUUCCUGAAAACAAUUUAAGGUUUAUUGUGAACAUUCUUACUUCUAGAGACUGUUCUAGCAAAACUUUUCAGCAUACUUUGGCUGCUAUGCAGCAUUUAUCUAUAAUUCCUGGGUCUAAAGAUAUUAUUGGUGAUGAGCUUGUUUGUCAGGCUCAGGCAUUUGGUUCGAAAUUAUUAGGACAAUUGGAUGAUUUGAUUCAACAAAUUCAAAAUGCGUCUUUUGGAAUAGAGUUGCAAGGUGCUGCUUUAUCAGAAUUCUCUCCUCCUAGCUCUGAUCAAGCUAAAUUGUUACGAAUACUUAAAGCUAUUAGUUACCUUUUUGAACAAAAGGAAAAUUCUCAGUUUGCUGAAAUUGAGAAUAAUAAUGAUUUAUUUAGACUUUAUGAUUCAUUGACAUUUCGUCCACUUUGGAAGAAAUUAAGCGCGUGUCUUUCAGUGAUUCAAGAGAGAUCAGAUAUGAUACAUGUAGCAACAAUUUUAUUGCCAUUGAUAGAGGCUCUUAUGGUUAUAUGUAAAAAUACAGCGUUAAAAGAUAUAUCUAAAUUGCCUCAUGGAUCUCGUCAAACAACUCCUUCAGAAGAUUCAAUGGAAUAUAUAUUCUUUUCUUUUACUGAAAACCAUAGGAAAAUACUUAAUCAAAUGGUUCGAAAUAAUCCAUCAUUAAUGAGUGGUUCUGUUUCUCUUUUGGUAAAGAACCCUAAGAUUUUGGAUUUUGAUAAUAAACGAAAUUAUUUUAAUCGAAGACUACAUGAUCGUGGAGCUAAUAGGGAGCAUUAUCCACCUUUACAACUAAAUGUUCGUCGUGAGAUGAUAUUUUUAGAUUCAUAUUUAGCUUUGUAUUUUAAAUCGGGAGACGAGAUGAAAUAUUCAAAAUUAAAUAUUCGAUUUCAUGGAGAAGAAGGUGUUGACGCUGGUGGAUUAACUCGUGAAUGGUAUCAAGCCCUUGCUAGACAGAUGUUUAAUCCUGAUUAUGCACUGUUCAUUCCCGUUGCUGCUGAUCGGACUACAUUUCAUCCUAAUCGAAGAUCAGAUGUUAAUCAAGAUCAUCUUUCAUUUUUUAAGUUUAUUGGCCGUAUUAUUGGAAAAGCUCUAUAUGAUAAUCGAUUGUUGGAUUCACAUUUUAGUCGUGCAGUAUAUAAGAAAAUAUUAGGGAAACCUGUGUCUUUAAAAGAUAUUGAAACACUUGAUUUAGAAUAUUAUAAAUCAUUAGUUUGGAUGCUUGAAAAUGAUAUUACUGAUGUUAUUACUGAGACCUUUUCUGUCGAAACUGAAAAUUAUGGUGCAACAGAAACUGUUGAUUUAGUUCCUGGAGGAAGAAGUAUACUAGUUACUGAAGAAAAUAAGCAUGAAUAUGUCAAAGCUGUCAUAGAAUAUCGGCUUAUUAAUAGUGUUAAAGAUCAAUUGGAUAAUUUUCUUGUUGGGUUUUAUGACAUUAUACCUCCAGACCUUAUUCAAAUAUUUAAUGAACAAGAAUUGGAACUCCUUAUUUCUGGUUUACCAGAUAUAGAUGUUGAUGAUUGGCGUCAUAAUACUGAAUAUUUUAAUUAUACUGCUUCGUCACCACAGAUACAAUGGUUUUGGAGAGCUGUUCGUUCUUUUGAUGAUGAACAGCGUGCAAAAUUGCUUCAGUUUGCGACAGGAACAUCAAAAGUUCCUUUGAAUGGUUUUAAGGAGCUUGAGGGAAUGCAAGGUAUACAGAAGUUUUCUAUUCAUCGUGAUCCUACAUCUAGCGAUCGCCUACCUCAAAGUCAUACAUGUUAUAAUCAGAUAGAUCUUCCAGAAUAUGGGAGCUAUGAGGCACUUCGUUCUGCUUUGCUUACUGCUAUAAAUGAAGGUUCUGAGGGAUUUGGUUUUGCAUAA